AUGGCUAGCAGUGGUGUUGAUGCGCUCAAAGGUACAUGGGACUAUGUUGAUAGCGAAAAUUUUGAUGAUUAUAUGAAAGAGCUUGGUGUUGGAAUGGCAGCACGCUUGGCAGCGAAAGGAAUGAAACCGCGUCUUGUUAUUAAUGAAAACGGUGGCAAAUGGACAGUACGAUCGGAAAGUUCACUGAAAACAACAUCAUACGAUUUUACACCAGGUGCUGAAUUUGAUGAAACAACACCUGAUGGACGAGAAGUUAAAUCGACCAUUAAGUUCGAAGGUAAUCGAUGGGUUCAUACAACAACCGAUAAAAAUGGAACAAAAUCUAAGGUCACACGUUAUAUCGAUGAUAAAGGUCAACAAAUGAUUGAAAUGGAAUGUGGUUCAGUGAAAGCUCGUCGUUGGUAUAAACGCGCCUAA